AUGUACUACGGCGUUGUUGAUACAGCAGAUCCGGGCAAGGCAGGAGCUUAUGCCUUUGUCAGCUACCACUUCACUGCCCCAUCGGUAAACCUGGACCACUGCGACCAUGUGGCAGUCGUCACGUACGACUCGUUGGAUCUGACUAUCUCAUUUGGCAGCUAUGACGGAUAUCAGAAUGCCGUGGAUACCUGGAACACUGAUGACGGCUUGAUCUUGGUCGUCUUCGUCAAAGGUUGCGGUGAUUACGAGAAGGGCGACCGCUGUUUCUUCCGCGUAUCUUCAAUCACGUUUCACGGCGGAGAUUCUGUUGUAACGGCCUCUGGGACUCCUAGUCAUCCUGACGAUCUCAUCACUUCUGGCGAGACUGAAUAG